AUGAGGGGCUGGCUGUGGACCAUGCUGUGGCUGAUUAGGGAUGUGAAUGGCAGGGGCAAGUUUCAGCCAAUAGCGUAUCCCCAAAUUACCAACCAAACCUUUAUCAAGCAGUGCGUGGAUGCCCACAACAAGCACCGCUCUGAAGUCAAGCCAACAGCUUCCAACAUGCUGUACAUGACCUGGGAUCUGGCUUUAGCUAGAACAGCUAGAGCAUGGGGACAGAGAUGCAUUUUUCUACAAAACUAUUUUUUACAGCACAAUGGAAGCGGUCACCCUGAUCCUAAAUUUAAUCCCCCUGGAGAAAAUCGGUGGAUUGCAAACGCUGGAAGAAGACACUUUGAUCCUACUCGUUUUAUCAUGUCAUGGUACUCAGAAGUUGCUUUCUACCAGUACCACAACAAUACAUGUAAAAGCAAAUGUCAUCAUUAUACUCAGGUUGUUUGGGAUACAUCUCAUAAGAUUGGAUGUGCUAUUGUUUUCUGCUAUAAACUGGGUCGACACAGAAAUGUUGAAAAUUUCGUGUGCAAUUAUGCUCCAAGAGGCAAUGCCCCAAGACUUCCGUAUAAAACAGGAAAGCCAUGCAGUGCUUGCCCAGAAGGAGACACUUGCGAAAACAAUCUCUGUAGAAAUCCACAGCGAGACAAUAUUAAGCGUUAUACACGAUGGUUUCCACCCUGGGAAGGUCGGAUUGUAUGCGAUAAAUCCUGUAUUGCUGUUGCAGUUUUAAGGCCAUCGUUAAUGUUUCUGGCAUUUGGAGUUGCUUUUUAUUUACAUAGACAUCAUCCAGAUUUAUGUUUGCAAAAUGAAUGUAUUUGA